GCUGGGAUCAUAAACUAAUAAGUCUACCAAAUAGUGAAAGCAAACAAAUAAAGGCUUGAAUAAGCAAUCGACUAUUCAAGGGACUAUACUUUCGAUUUAUUUGGUUUUUAAAACCCUCUAAAAGUCCUACCUCUUAAAAGGUGUUGAUAGAAAGCCUCUUUAACGUCCUCAACAUCUCUUUAUGAGAGUGUCCUUGGGAAUCCAUCGUCAAGAUAUCGAAUCAGCAAUUGAAACAUACAAUCUAAUGUCCUAGAAGAUAUUUACUCACGCCACACCAACAUUAUUUUAUUCUGGAACAAUGCGAUCUCAAAUGUCAUCAUGCUUCUUAUUGACAAUGAAGGAUGAUUCUGUAGAUGGAAUAAUGUCAACUAUUACGCAAUGUGCUUAGAUUUCUAAAAGUGCUGGGGGGAUUGGCCUCGCAAUUCAUAAUAUACGAUCCAAGGGUUCGUAUAUUGCAGGAGUCGCUGGAUAGACCAAUGGUAUAACUCCUUUGUUAAAAGUGUUAAAUGCAUCAUGCUUGUAAGAUUAUUGGUUUUUAAAAUGAUGAUUUAGGUAUAUUGACCAAGGAGGUGGAAAACGCGCAGGUGCUUAUGCAAUCUACCUUGAACCAUGGCACGCAGAUAUUCAAGAAUUUAUAGAGCUCAGAAAGAAUAAUGGAGAUGAAAAAAUGAGAGCACGUGAUUUAUUCUUAGCUCUUUGGGUACCUGAUCUCUUUAUGAAGAGAGUUGAGACUAAUUCUAAAUGGACAUUGAUGUGUCCCCAUAAUUGUCCCGGGCUAUCAGAGGUGUAUGGGGAAGAGUUUUAAGCUUUAUACUAAAAGUACUAAGCAGAGGGGAGAGGAAAGUAAACAAUAUAAGCUAGAGAGCUAUUCCGUAAAAUUUUAAACAGUCAAAUUGAGACAGGUACACCAUUCAUGUGUUAUAAAGAUUCAGCCAACAGAAAAUCUAACCAGUAGAACUUGGGAGUGAUAAAGUCUUCAAAUUUAUGCACUGAGAUCAUGGAAUAUACUGAUAAAGAUCAAGUAGCAGUAUGCAAUUUAGCAUCUGUCUGCCUUCCAAAAUUUGUCUAUCUAGAAUAAAAUUAGUAAGAAUCAAAGACAAAUAAAAAAACUCACAAAUAUGAUCACUAAAUGCUACACUCAGUUGUCAAAGUAAUGACUAGAAAUUUAAACAAAGUAAUUGAUGUAAAUUACUAUCCAAUUGAAGAAGCAAAAUAUUCCAAUUUUAAGAACCGUCCAAUUGGUAUUGGAGUACAAGGUCUCGCUGAUACUUUUAUGAAGAUGAAAAUAGCAUACUCUGACAAGUAAGCUACUGAAAUUACAGCUGAGAUUUUUGAAACAAUUUAUCAUGCUGCUGUAUAAGCUUCAAUGUAAUUGGCAAUGAAAAAGGGACCAUACGCUACGUUUGAAGGUUCUCCCAUCUCCUAGGGUAAAUUUCAGUUUGAUUUAUGGGGAGUAACACCUUCUAGUGGAAGAUACAAUUGGAGCGACUUAAGAUAAAAAGUAAUGAAACAUGGUGUGUAUAAUUCAUUGCUUGUUGCACCAAUGCCAACUGCAUCUACUUCUCAAAUCAUGGGAAAUAAUGAAAGUUUUGACCCUUACAAUUCAAACAUUUAUAUUCGAAGAGUGAUGGCAGGAGAAUUCAUUUGUGUAAAUCCUCAUCUCGCAAAUGACUUGAAUGAGUUAGGACUAUGGAACAGCUAAAUGACAAACCUUCUAAUUGCUCAUAAUGGAAGUGUACAAAAACUACCUGGAGUACCUGAUAGAUUAAAAUAAAUUUAUAAGACUGUUUGGUAAAUUCCAGGAAAGACUCUGAUCAACUUGGCUGUUGCCAGAGGUCCUUACAUUUGUCAGUCGCAAAGCUUAAAUAUCUAUAUGAAAGAUCCAACCUUCUAAAAAAUGGCAAGCAUGCAUUUUUAUGGAUGGAAAGAAGGUCUAAAGACUGGAAUGUACUACUUACGAAGUAGACCGGCAGUAGAUUCUAUUAAAUUUACUGUAGAUUUAUAA